CACUCAGUAUUGGUCUGCUUAACAGCCAGCUAUACACUGAUUACUGAGAUUUAUUUAAUCUCACCAUCACUCUCCUUCUAACCAGACACACAGCAACAAUUAAAAUAAUUAAAAAAGAAAAAGAAAGCCCAGAUUUAAAUUCACAAUCUAGAGAGAGAAACAAGCACAGGCUAUGAAACCUUCUAUCUCCGAAUUUCUCUCUCUAAAACCACCGUCUCGUUCUCAGACCUGCAUUUUCUCUUCCGCUCUCGCUCUUUGUCUCUCUCUGUGUGUCUGGAUCCUCGGAGGUAGGAGCACUUGGAUGUGAGUGGUUUCGGCAUCGGUUAGAUCGGCCAUGGCGGAGGUUUCCGGCGACGGUGGAGCGGAGGCGACGAUGGCCACGCCGGCGCCGUUGGCGGUGUCUGGAUCGUUCAAGGAUGGGAAGAGCUCGUCGCGGAGGCGAACGCAUUCGAUGAGGCCGAGCCUGGAUGCGGAUGAGUUCAUGAACCUGCUGCACGGUUCGGAUCCGGUAAAGGUGGAGCUCAAUCGGUUGGAAAAUGAAGUUAGAGAUAAGGACAGAGAAUUGUCAGACGCACAAGCAGAGAUCAAAGCCUUGAGGCUCUCUGAACGGCUCAGAGAAAAGGCCGUUGAAGAGCUUACUGAAGAAUUGUCAAAGGUUGAGGGGAAGCUGAAGUUAACUGAAUCUCUUCUAGAAAGCAAAGUAUUGCUUGAAGCCUUUAUCACCCUUAGGCAGAAUCUUGAAAUAAAGAAAAUCAAUGAUGAAAAGAAAGCAUCAAUGGCAGCCCAGUUUGCAGCUGAAGCCACUCUCCGGAGGGUCCAUGCUGCCCAGAAGGAUGAUGACAUGCCUCCUAUAGAAGCCAUUCUUGCUCCUCUUGAGGCUGAACUUAAGCUUGCUCGGCAAGAGAUUGCUAAACUUCAAGAUGAUAACAAAGCUUUAGAUCGUCUUACCAAAUCUAAAGAAGCAGCACUUCUUGAAGCUGAGAAGACUGUUCAGGUCGCCUUGGCUAAGGCCUCCAUGGUGGACGAUCUCCAAAAUAAAAAUCAAGAACUAAUGAAACAGAUUGAGAUUUGCCAGGAAGAAAAUAAAAUUUUGGACAAAAUGCAUAGACUGAAGGUGGCUGAGGUUGAAAAGCUUACCCAAACUGUGAGAGAACUAGAAGAGGCUGUCCUUGCAGGUGGUGCAGCUGCAAAUGCUGUAAGAGAUUAUCAGCGGAAAGUUCAAGAAAUGAAUGAAGAAAGAAAAACUCUCGACCGAGAAUUAGCUCGCGCUAAGGUAACUGCAAACAGAGUAGCUGUGGUGGUGGCUAAUGAAUGGAAAGAUGCUAAUGAUAAAGUGAUGCCAGUGAAACAAUGGCUUGAAGAACGUCGAUUCUUGCAGGGAGAGAUGCAGCAGCUUCGGGACAAACUUGCUAUCACUGAGCGCACUGCAAAGUAUGAAGCGCAGUUAAAAGAUAAAUAUCAAUUAAGGCUUAAAGUGCUACAGGAGAGUUUGAGAGAAACUUCUAACAGUAUUAAUCGCGGCACCUCAGAGGGAAGAUGUGUUGGCAAUGGGCCUUCUCGACGACAAUCCCUUGGUGGAGCUGAUAACAUCUCAAAAUUAACCUCUAAUGGGUUUCUAUCUAAGAGAUCACCAUCUUCUCAACUGAGGACCUCCGUGUCUUCAAGCACAGUUUUGAAGCAUGCUAAGGGCACAUCUAAAUCUUUUGAUGGUGGCACAAGGUCACUAGAAAGAAGUAAAAUUCUUCUAAAUGGAAAACCUCCUAGUUACUCGUUCAACCAAUCUUCUGAAGGCACCAAAGACAGAGAAGAAAAUGAUAAUUGGAAAGGAAACUCAGAUGAUAAGCCAAAUGACUUCCCAACAGUGGAUACAGAGGAUAGUGUUCCUGGAGUGUUAUAUGAUCUGCUGCAGAAGGAGGUUUUAGCCUUGAGGAAAGCUGGUCAUGAGAAAGAUCAAAGCCUAAAAGAUAAAGAUGAUGCCAUUGAGAUGCUAGCAAAGAAAGUAGAUACAUUGACCAAAGCCAUGGAAGUUGAGGCAAAGAAGAUGAGAAGGGAAGUAGCUGCCAUGGAGAAGGAGGUAGCUGCAAUGCGUGUGGAGAAAGAACAAGAGAGCAGGGCAAAGCGUUUCAGCAAUGUAAAGGGCCCUAUGAACAGUGCUCAGCAUCAGCUCGUUUCUGGAAGAAAUGUGGCACGGGGAGGAUUAACACGCAGCACCCAAUGACAAUAAGUCUAUUGCUGAGGCACUGAAGAGUAAACUUCCGCAGCAUCGUUCAUCUGCCCAACUGUUUAUUUUUACUUUUACUUUCGUCUUUUUCCCCAAUUGAUUACAAGAUUGUAACUGGCAUUCCGACGACCAUUGUUAAUGAUAUUGGCCAUGGAUUGAUGGUGGGAAGAGUGUUUGAGGAAUCGGUGUGCAUCUGACAUAGACCUUUCUAUUUCCUGCUUAGAGAGAGAUCGGCUAAUAAGCCAGGCAAAGGAAGACAAUUGACUUGGAGCUAACCUUCAGCUUUUCUUUGAGUGGCUGUGUGGUUGUAUAGGUAGCUUUAUCCCUCCCUUUCUCCUUUUUGCAGUUGAUAUUUGUAAUACGAAGAUAGUGUGAUUGUGUUCCCUCAGGUUUUUUAAUAUCUUUGUAAUCAGAUCAAAGAUCUAAACUUAUUUGGUUGUGCUAUACAUUAAUAGUUUAAUGUUGAUUAUAAGUUUAUGCUUUUUUUU